CACUUUGCAGGCAGCAUGCAAGCCCCAGCCUGCAGCCUCCCUGCUGGGCUCAGUCUGGAUGACUUCAUCCCGCGCCACCUCCGGACCCAUUCAGGGUCACCUUCCCAGGGUGGGAGGGUGCCUGUGAUCCGGAAUGGUGGCUCCAACACCCUUAAUUUCCAGUUUCAUGACCCGGCGCCCAGGACCGUGUGCAAUGGGUACUUCCCACAGCGGAGAGAGACUUCCCGGCACCUAGACCCUGCCUGGUAUCAGACCUGGCCUGGGCCUGGAAACCGGCCAGCAUCGAGCCCGAAGACCCCCACCUCCCAGCACCCCGAGAACUGGUCAGCCACGUGGACCAAGGACAGCAAGCGUCGGGACAAGCGCUGGGUCAAGUACGAAGGGAUCGGGCCUGUGGAUGAGAGCGGCAUGCCUAUUGCCCCUCGAUCUAGUGUCAACAGCCCCAAGGACUGGUACCGGAAGAUGUUCCAGCAGAUUCACCGGAAGAUGCCAGAUCUGCAGCUAGACUGGACCUUCGAGGAACCACCCAAAGGUGAGGGGGUGCGGGUGGCACAGCCCAGCCCAGCCCCUGCAUUGCCUCUUCCUGCAGUCACCUCCCGGAGUACCACCUCAGCAGACCGGAGGCAUCCAGGGCUCCAGCAAAAGCCCGUUUUUCGGUCAAGCCAGGCCUCCUCUCUGAGACGAAGAAGCUGGGAUCUUCCUGAAGACUUUUCUAGAAGCACUUUCAGCUCAAAUUCUGGAGCAUCCUCUUUGCUCCAGACCACAAAUCAGGUACCUAGACGUAGAGAGAAAGCAGACAACAUCUGGGCAGAAGAUUCCUGGAACCAGUUUUUGCAAGAACUAGAGACUGGGCAGAAGCCCAAGAAACCACUGGUAGAUGACCCAGUAGAGAAGCCCUCACAGCCCAUUGAGGUCCUGCUGGAGAGGGAGCUGGCCAAGCUGAGCGCGGAGCUGGACAAGGACCUGCGGGAGAUCGAGAACCGCCAGCCGGUGCCCAAGAGCUCGCAGGCGCCCCGACUGUCCUCGGAUCCGCGGCCGGUGGCGCGCCCGGCCUCAGCCUGGAGCUCCCGCUCCCCGAAUGCACUUUACCAGGGCUGCCCGCAGCCCCUGAGCCCCCGCAGAAUGGCGGACAGAGGAAGCCCCUUCCUGGGGCGGCGAGACUUUGUCUACGGGUCUUCAUCCACCCGAGACCCCAGUGCCCCUGAACGUGGGCUCAGCCCAGCCAGGAAGGAGGAGAAGAAGAAGAGGGCUGCCCGGCUCAAGUUUGACUUCCAGGCACAGUCCCCCAAGGAGCUGACUCUGAAGAAAGGUGACAUAGUCUACAUCCACAAGGAGGUGGACAAGAACUGGCUGGAGGGGGAGCAUCAUGGCCGGCUGGGCAUCUUCCCUGCCAAUUAUGUGGAGGUACUGCCAGCUGAUGAGGUCCCCAAGCCCAUCAAGUCCCCAACCUACCAGGUACUGGAGUAUGGAGAAGCAGUGGCCCAGUACAACUUCAAGGGGGACCUGGAGGUGGAGCUGUCCUUCCGUAAGGGUGAACGGAUCUGCCUGAUGCGCAGGGUGAACGAGAACUGGUAUGAAGGCCGCAUCUCGGGCACUGGGCGCCAGGGCAUCUUCCCUGCCACCUAUGUGCAGGUGACUCGUGAACCCCGAGUACGCAUGCGCGAUGACAGCCCCCACCUCCCUGUGUCCCCCCGCCUGCCCACCUCCCGGCUCGCCCGGCACCCUACCUCCCCUUCAGCGAUGCACAGCCCAGCAGAGCCUGUGGACUGGGGGGGGCGGACUUCCCCCCGCCGUGCCGGCUUUUCCUUCCCCAGCCAGGAUCUCAGAGCCCAGACUCAGAGUCUCAGCACCCCAGUCACAGCUCUGUCCCAGCCUGGAGGCUCCAGCCAUCCCUCAGACCUGGGGCUCUCCUCCUCCAACACCUCUCAGAUACAUUGGACCCCGUACCGGGCAAUGUACCAGUACAGGCCCCAGAAUGAGGAUGAGCUGGAGCUGCGUGAGGGUGACCGAGUGGACGUCAUGCAGCAGUGUGAUGAUGGCUGGUUUGUGGGUGUAUCUCGGAGAACCCAGAAAUUUGGGACAUUCCCUGGAAAUUAUGUAGCCCCUGUGUGAGUGGUCUUCGUGGCAACUCAGCUUGGCCAGGCUGGGGUGGAGAGAGAGGGUGCUCUCCCCCAGUCUCCUUCCCUAGGCCCUGAGCAUCUGCAGUCAGCACCAGCAGACUUCCCCUGGAGCCCCCAGAAACCCCCAGGAGAGCUCCACACCUGCAACUCGCAGGCAUUCCUCUGGCAGCCCUUUUAUUUCCUCCCCUGCCCUGUACCCCAAAUACAGAGGUCUGCUUUGAA